UGGUGGAAGUCCAUGAUGAGGCCCCUCCUGGUGCUGUUGCUGCUGGCUAUUGUGUGUGCUUCUCUGGCCCGGGCCCUGCACUGUCAUGUGUGCUGUGGGCACGAGAACUGCGAGUCUCUCGUGGAGUGCGCCUUGACGGACAAGUACUGUGUGAUCACUCGGGCCACCUACCCUGGUGGCAUCCUGGUCAUGAAGUCCUGUGCCCCAACCUGCCCCAACAGCACCGUGUCUUCAGAUGGACGUGCCCUCUCUGUCUCCUGCUGUCAGGGGAGCCAGUGCAACCUCAGUGCUGCCUCAGGUCUGACUGGUAGCCUUGGGGCUAUAUGGGUCAGCGCCUCUAUCAGCCUACUGUGGGCGAUGCUUCAAGUUGCCUGAUGAGGGCCUGGGUGGCCUUUCCGUAUCAUCGGAGAUCUGUCUGCAGCCUUGGCGGCAUUCUACCCCUACCCAGCCCGGGCUGUUACUCUCUCUCACCAUUAACCCCAAGACACAGUCAGUCUUCCCUUCUCACACAGGAAGGAAGUAAGAACACCUGUCCCAAAGGCUCCUGCCCCAGAGCCCAGCUCUCUUGCCUCAGGAAAUCCUCCAAUAGGAUUUCCAAUAGGUGUGCACAGGGACACACCUUCCCAAGACCCUCACCUCUAUGAGAUCUCAGCCUUUUAUUGAGUCCUGGGAGUGCUUAGCUACCUCCAGUAGGAAGAGCUGAUGUUUUGUCCAACUCCUUCCAGCCUCAACCUUACGCUUGGCAUUUGUACUACCUUCUCCUUGCCUGAAAGGAUGCUAUAUAUGGCCGUCUGGAUCCCUGAGCCUCUUCUAUGUGUGAAGUGACCCUGGCAUAUGACAUGAUUGUAAGGUUUGGGCACUGUCUAACUGAACAUCAGCUUUCAAAAGAUCCCCUGACUUCUUACUGUGUGUGUAUGUGUGUAGGGAUAAGGCAGAUCACCUUGGGCUUGAUGUCAGGUGUUGGGAUGAGUAUCCAUCCUCCUUGGGCAUGGGGAAACCUGCUUUGUCUCCCUGGAAGCAUCAUCUUGCCAGCCCAUCCUGGAUGCUAUCCUAGGAGAAGAAUAAAUGUGCAAGUCUGCUUGGUCCAAGGUGUUGGGUCUUGGGGAUUACUGAUUCUUGGUCAACCUCAUCCUGAGAUGGGCAGGUGGACUUGGGACAAGGACAGGUGGAAUUCUUAAUGCACAAAUAAGCUUGGGUGCAAGAGUGGUGCCUCUGCCUUGGACUCAGGCCUCCUGUGUCUGUCCUGGGUCCUAUUGGCCAAAAUAGAGGAAACAGACUUCUACGACACCCCAACUUACAAGGGUUCCCUGAGAGCUCUUCUGAGCUAUGAUGUCCCUAGUGCUCCUACUGGUGAGAUGCUUUGCAUCUGUCACAGUGCCCCUGGGUCCCCAAAAGUCCAUACUUUUGGGUUGGUGGCACGGCAAACUCUCAGCUUUCUGAACAGUCACCAGUACUCUGAGGCCACGCAAAGCCAUUUCUCCUUGUGGGCUCUUCUUGGGGGGCAAAGCCAGAGCCCUUCAAGUCUGGAGAGCUCUAUUUCCUACCCCUGCUGUUUUUCCCUGUCACUGUAAUAAAACACUCUGACAAAA